AUGAAUUUUGAUGAAAUUCUCUGUCUUAUUGGAGGCUUUGGGAAGUUCCAGAAGAUCUUGUAUGUAUGGAUCUGUCUACCUCAGAUCUUUCUUGCAUUCCACAUGCUGGUCUCUGUCUUCACUGGGGCUGUUCCUCCUCAUUUAUGCCGCUCCACGUGGCCCACAAUGGGUGCUCCAGCCUCUUCAAACUUCAGCCGUCUGACUUCACCCGAUGGCCAGCCUGAGGUGUCCUGCAUCGUCCCCUUGAACCAGAGUGGUGCUAUAACUCUUGACAAUGGACACCCUAGUGGGAGCUGUCAAGGGGGCUGGGAGUAUAGCACGGAGACCUUCCAAAGCACCAUAGUAACAGAGUGGGACCUAGUUUGUGACAGUGCCAGCCUGAACAACAUGGGCUCCUCCAUCUACAUGUUUGGCCUCCUUGUUGGAGCAGUGGUGUUUGGGAGCUUAGCUGAUAAGUACGGUCGUAGGAUCAUCAUCCUCAUCAACCUGGCUAUCCAGGCUGUAUUUGGUGUCGGUGCUGCUUUCGCCCCUAAUUUUUAUGCCUACACUGCCCUUCGCUUUAUGGUUGGAACAUCCAUCUCUGGUGUUAUAAUGAAUGCAUUUGUCCUAGGUACAGAAUGGACAGGACCUAAGCAGCGGAUGCUGGCCGGUAUAAUCACUGACUACUUCUUUGGUUUUGGCUACAUCAUGCUGGCCGGAGUGGCAUACCUCAUAAGAGACUGGCGUAAACUGCAGCUGGCUAUUUCAGUACCUGGCUUCCUCUUCAUCUUCUACAUCUGGGUGUUGCCAAAGUCAGCUCGCUGGUUAAUGGCCAAUGACAGGAAAGAGGAAGCAUGGGAGCUGAUCCAGAAAGCAGCACAGAUGAACGGGAAGCCCCUCACCAAAGAUCUGGAGAUGUGUCAGGCCUAUAAAAUUGAAGGGAAACCAGAGGUGAUGAAAAAACACUCAUUCAUAGACCUUGUUCGAACCCCAAAAAUGAGGAAGCAGUCCCUGAUUGUUUUUUAUCUCUGGUUUGUCAACGUGCUCGUGUAUUAUGGCCUGUCCCUCAACAUUUCUGACUUUGGAAUGAACAUCUAUCUGACCCAGAUGAUCUUUGGCCUGGUGGAGAUGCCUGCACGCACCAUCACCCUGUUCACCCUCAACCGCUCCCGCAAGAUCUCCCAACUGGCUUUCCUAGCUGUGGGUGGCACAGCCUGCCUGCUGACCAUCUUCAUUCCCAGUGACCUAUCUGUCAUCAAAACAGUCUUGGCCAUUAUUGGGAAGUUUGGAAUCACAGCGUCUCUGUCCAUUAUUUAUGUCUACUCAGCUGAGGUGUUUCCCACUGUUAUCAGACAAAAUGGGAUCGGUAUAGGCUCCAUGUGUGCUCGGACUGGAGGAGUCCUGGCUCCCAUGAUGUACCUGCUGAGGAGCAUCAGUCCGCAGGCUCCCAUGGUCCUGUGUGGUCUCUGCCCCCUGCUGGGCUCCGCCCUCACCUUGCUGCUGCCUGAGACAGCCAAUAAGCCCCUUCCUGACACUAUUGAAGACAUAGAGGGAAACAACCUGAGUGAGGAGGAUGGUGGUGUGAAGCCAGUCAUCUGUGACACUUCUCUGAGGAACACAAAUGUCGGCGUCACCAUGAUGGACUGA